AUGAUUUCUCAUAUUAUUUUUAUACUUUUGAAAAUCCUCAUUUUAUCACAUUUUGUAAAAUGCAUUGAUCCUAAUUGCUAAAUUAUCUCUCCUAAAGAUGGUUCAUGCAUUUUAUGCAAUUUAAAUUUCUCACUAGAUAAAUCUCAAGGGCUGUGCAUCUCUGAUUGUGAUAAGAAUUUUUUUUUAGAAGCAGAUUCUUAAUAAUGUGUACCAUCUUGCAAUUAUAAUGAAUAUGGCAAUUCUGAUUUAGGUGUCUGCUAGAAAAUUUAUGAAUGUCCUACGCUUAUUGAUUUGGGUUAAGAUUUCCAUUCUGGAUUGGCUUCAUAAAUAAUUGUAGAUGAUAUAAAUCAAAUUAUUAUUAGUAUUAGUAACACAGACACAAAUAUCAAGUUGUGGAAUUAAGUAAAUGGAAUACUUAAAAUGACUUUUUCUGGUCAUACCUAACCUGUUUUGAAGAUUUAUUUGCUUUAGGACUCUAAUUAGCUGCUGUCUUUUUCCUCUAAAGGUGAAAUAUUGUAUUGGAAUUACUCAACUGGAGAAUUGAAUCAAUCUUAUAUCUUAAACUUAGGAUAGCUAACUUUUUUAAGCUGUGUGAACUUAAACUAUGGCUUGAUAACUCUUUAUGGAUACCAAGGAGAGUUUUAUGUUUAUAACUUAUAAACUAAAGCUUCUAAAAAGUAUGUAGGACAUUCGAAUAUUGUUUUAAAUUCAAUAAUUAUAAGCUCAACUAGCUUUAUCACCUACUCUUUAGAUAAAUCAGUCAUAUUGUGGAAUGAGUCUACUUCUACUUACAGUUUUUAAAUAAUUUGUAUUCACGAUUCGGCCCCAAAUGGUUUUAUUUUAUUAAAUUUUAGCUCAAAUGUUGGAUUAGAGAGUUAUCUUUUUUCAUUUGGAAGCUCAGGUAGUGAUUCACUUAAUCUUUCAAUUUCAAAUUUACAAUCUACCUCUAUUUAAUGCUAAUAGUAUUUGAAAGGUGAUUUUACUUAGCCAAUAUUAAAUGUUUUAGGAGAUUCAAGCUCCAAAUCUAUUAUAGUAUAUUCUUCUGUAGAAGUAGUGAUUUAUGGAUUUAAUUCUGUAACAAGCAAUUUUAUUUUAUUGCAAAAAAUAAAUGAGCAAUUCUUUAAUUAAUAGCUCUUUUUACCUCUUUAAGGAUUAACUAUUUUUGGUAAUAGUAUUUUUUUAUACACUAAAUAUGGGAAAUUUUCAUUAACAAGCUAUAUUAACAAUAAAAAUACCAUUUAGUCUUAAUAAUUAAUUUAGACUUUAAGUUUUAUUCCUAUUUAGAUAAACAUGUAAAAUAUUUAGGGAGCUAUAAUUAAUUAAUAAAAGGAUCAUUUAUAUAUUUUUGGAUAAUCUAUUCAGUAAAUUGAUUUAAUAAGCUAAAGAGUCAACUAUAUUAUAACUAAUUUACCUAUACCUUAUAUUAGGCCAACUUAAUCUGUUCCAUAAACAGUAUAUAACAAUACAUAGAAUGUGUUAGUAAGUACAUCAAAUGAUGGUUUGUCUUUAAGCUAUGAUUUUUUAACAGGUGAGCUUUUAUCCAUAUUUUAACAUCCUGACUAUAAAGGAAGCUUAAUAUAACCUCAAGGAUAAACUCUCUCCCUAGUUUAAGGUGUUAUUGUAUGUGUCGCGUACAGUGAUUUAUCAUUUAUAUGCUAUCAUGCUAUUAAUAUGAUUUUAUACUUUAAGUAAAUCUUCUUUUAGCCAAUUUUAAGAUUAUUUAAUGACGACGUAAAUGGAUACGUUUUAAUAAAUAGCUUAGAUUAUUUAUAAAUAAUAGACCCUUUCAAUUCUAAAAUUAUAAAAACUAUAAAUAAGACAGGUUAGUUUUAUUAUAUUUUGCUAGGAGCUAACAUUAUAUGUGUAACUGUUUCAUAAGAUGGGUAUAUUAUUAAAUAUAAUUACCCAUAAUUAACAAUACAAUAAUAAGCAGAUUCUUCUAAUAUUAAUUAAAAAAAACAAACUGUAGUUGGAUUUGUUUUUGAUAAUGAAUCUCAGUACACAUUAUUUUAUUUUUUAAACGGGCUAGCGAUUUAUUAUGAUGAAUAAUAUAAUGUAGUGUUAUAUUCAGAUGAUAAUAUUUUGAUCAGUAGAUGUGGAAUAGUUUAAGAUGGAUAAGUUUAGUUAUAUUAUACUUGCCUAUGCAAAGAUGGAACAGUAAUUUAUCAUGGAAUUAUAAAUUAGGAAUUUUACUUAAAAAUAUAAGCACUCUCUUUUCCUAUUCUAUAUGCUGAUGAAAUAGUUUAAUAUAAUAAGGCUUUAUUUAAUGUAGAUUUUGGGUCAUAUGGAGGAUCAUUGAUACUUGCAGAUAGUCUUGCAUUUUUGGCAUAAUCUAAAUUUGAUUCUUAAUCAAAAAUUAAUUCAUUUACCAUAGAUGUUUAAAAUUAAAGAGUAUUUAUAUGUAAUACAGUUGGAGAUAUAAUGGCUAGUCAUUUUACUCCAAACACUUACUACUAUCUUUAAAGAAGUGAGAAUUCUAUUUUAUAGAAAUUAUUAUUGAUCUAAUCUCUGCAAAAACUUGUUUCAUUGUCUAAUGUAAUUACUAUUUAUGAUUAUUUUAGCUAGACCAUCUACAAGCUGAAUGACAGGGUUCACAAGUAGAGUAUUAUUAAUGCACUAAUAAUAGAGAGCAUUUAAAUAAUAAUUUCUUAUAAUUAUGAUGUAUCAGAUAAUCUCUAAAUAUGGAAUUUCAACACAGAUUAAAGUCAAUCACUUGUUGGGCACUAAAAAGGAAUAAAUGGUGUGCAAUUUAUAGAAUAAUAAAAUAUAAUUAUAUCUUAUGACAAAGCAGGUUAAAUAAUUGUAUGGAAUUACAAUUCAGAUUUAUUAAAGAUUAAGAUUUAUUAAAGAAUAUCUUAGAAUUAUAAUAACGAAAUCCUAAAUUUAUUUUUAUUUACAAAAUAUUAAAAUUUAUUUAUUUCGUUAGAUAUUGUUGGAAAUGUAUUUAUGUCCAACUUUUUAGAUGGGAGUAUUGUGAAGGCUAUCAAAGUUUCAAAUAUGAGUGCCAUGAUUAUAGAUGAGUUAUACGAUAGAAUAAUUUUAUAUGGGAGAAGCAUUGAAGUUUACAGUGCAACAACAGGAGUUAAGAUGUAGGAAAUAAUUGGUUUUGAUAAUUAAGUUUAGCAAAUCAUAUUUAAGAAUAAUUAUAUAAUAGCAUAUGGAACUCUUGUUAUUUAAUCAAUAGAUCGUCUUACUCUAGCUGUACUAUACACGAGUUAAUUUAAAAAAAAUAUAUAUUCGUUGACUGUAUUAAAUAAUUUCGUUGGUAUGGUAGGAAAUAAUAUUGAUUUUUCUAUCGAAGUUUGGGAUUACACUACAGGAGUUAUGCUUUCAGAAAUAAAAAAUAAAUCAUAUCCUUAAAACUUAGUAAGUAUAUUUAGCGAUGAGUAAUCUUAACUAUUUAUUGUAUAGAAUGUUGAAAGGUUUUUAUUUACAGUUACUCCUUACUCUAAUUCUAUUGUUUAGUAAAAAGACUUAUUAUUUGCUAAAAUGACUUCUUCGUAUAUAAAAAGCUAUAUUUUUGAUUUUUAUAGCAACAUAUUAAUCUUGUGUAAUGAUGAUACAAUAAUAGCGUGGUAAUAUUAUGCAUAUGUAGGCUUCUAAGGCUAAGCUGUUAUGAUUCCUUCUGAAUCAUUGAUAAUGUCUACUUAUCAUUCAAAAUUAGAUGUGAUAACUUAUGCUGAUUUAAAUUAAAAUCUUUGGUAAGUUAACUAAAAUCUUCUCUACUACAAAUAUCAGUUAUAGUAUUAGCCAAAGUAGAUAGUAUUGCACACAAAUACUUAUUUAGUAACGGAUGGAAUAAAUUUAUACAGCUAUGACCUCGAUUUUAAAUUAGCUUAUUAAUUAUAAAUAUACCCUUUUAGUAUUUAUGUAGAUGAGAGUAUUACAUUUAUUUUUGUAUAGACUUAUAGUUAUCAAAUAGUAUAACUAUUAUUAAAUACAAGCAACUCCUAACUAACACUAGUUAAUGUUUACAAAAAUCAUAUAAGUAGAAUAGUCAAUUGCAUCAUAAAUACAAUAUAUUCUCAUAUAAUCACGUUUGAUGUUACAGGAUAUUUAGCUAUAAAUAAUUACAAUACUUUAAAACCUAUUACUGUUCCUUAAUAAAAUUAGCAAAUCAUUAGAGAUAUACAAAUUGACUUUGUUUUCAAAAGAUUGAUAACGUGUUCUCAAGACUAGUCUUCCAUUUUAUUUUCUUAUAGUUAUGAUGUUCCUCUGAAGGUUUUAAAUGUCCUUAUAUACUCCUCUUCAGUUAUUUAAGCAGUGAUUGAUACUGAGAGACUUUAAGUAUUAAUUUGGAUUGAUUUAUAACUAGCCAUUCAAGUAAGAGAUCUUGAUUCUACUAAUUUAGAAUUAAUUAAAUACAUUUAUGGACCUGGAGAUUACAAAACCUAAAUCAAAUUAACCAACAAAAAUAUAUUUUCAACAAAUUUAACUGCAUAAAAUAACAAUAAUAUAAUGAUUUAUGAUAUUUCUCAGACAUAUCUAAACGAAGAUUAAGGCUAUAUUUAAGUUGUUAAUGAUACUGUCAAUUUUUAACAAAUAGUAAUCAAAGAAUGUUAAAGUGUACUAGGAUAAGCUUUAAAUAAAAUAUAAACUAGCUAUUUUGAACUUAGUCAAUCAUCUUUCAUUAACAAUACCUGCUUGAAUUCUUAUGGUUGUGCUUAUGACAUUUCAGAAACUAAAUUUUCAUUUACAAAAUGCAUUUUCUUGUAUUAAUAAUCAUAAUAUGGUGGAGCAAUUAGCGUAAGAAACAGUCCUUUUAAAAGUAUGAUUUAAGAGUCAAAUUUUUAAUUUAAUGCUGCAAGUUAAGGAGGAUCUAUCUAUUUGCAGGAAUCAAAUCUUGAAUUAAUCAGCACAAUAAUUACUUAAAAUGUAGCAGAAGUAGGUGGAGCUAUAAGAUAUGUAGGUUUUGUGCCAGAUUUUAUAACUAAAAAGCAGUAUCUAAGUAACAAUUUAAGCAAAAACAAUAUUGUAAAAAAUCAAGCAAAAAUAUUUGGUUAAAAUAUUGGUUCAUACCCAAGGCAAAUAGAAAUUGAAAGAACGGAUUAAGAAAUAGAUUUCAAUCUUAUUUAAUAAAUUUAGGGUGAGACAGUGUAUUAGAUAGAUAAUUUUAUGAGUGGAGGUAAUUUAAAUUUCAAAAUAAAAGUAUACGACGAAGAAAAUAACAUAGUUAAUCUAAAUUCAUUAGAAGAAAGUAGUAAGGAGCUUUAAAGUGAGUUAUAAUAAUAUUAAUUAGAAUGUAUUUCUUUAAAUUCUUAAAUGAUGUUAAUAAAUGGUAAUAAAGCAAUUUACAACUCAUUAGACAAUUCAUUUACAUUUUAAAACAUUUAGCUUAUAUCAACUCCUGAGACUUAAUCUGUAUUUUAUAUUUAAAAUAAUAUAAUUUAAAUUCCCAAUCCUUAAAACACAACAUAAUUUUAAUUAAAACCAUUGUAUAUUAAAUUAAACGUGAACUUUCGUUAAUGUGAAAUGGGUGAAAUCAUAAUCAAGAGUACAUAAAAUAAUCCUUCAUAUUGUGAAAAAUGUCCAAUACAAAAAUACUCUUUGGUAACUCCUAAUAUUAACUCUUAAAAUGAGUAACUCUGUAAACUUUGUCCAGAUUCUUGCUCUUAUUGUUAAGGCAAAACUCUUACUCUAAAGAAUGGCUACUGGAGGGAAAAUAAUUAUACAGAUGUUAUUGUAAGUUGUGUAAAUAAUCCAGAUAACUGUCUAGGUCAAAGCGCAGAAACCAUUUAAUAUUGUAAGAAGGGAUAUAUAGGCCCACUUUGUGAAACUUGUGAUUUUUAUGGCAAAAUUUGGCAAUAAAAAUAUAUGAACAAGGAAAAAUUUGAGUGCAUCCCAUGCUAAGAUUCAUAUAGUUAAUUAUAUACAUAUCUGUCUUCACUACUACUUAAGAAUGAUUGGGUUAGCAAGUAUAGGAAAUAGUGA